AUGACUUUUCCAAGAUCACAUUUUCAAGGAACUCAUGACAGUGAAGCUGACCCAAGUAGAAUUACACAUGUUAAUGAUGUUUCACUUGAUCGUAAUUGCACAUCACCUAAUCAACGAAACAACACGAGUCAAUCCGAUACAAGUAUAAGUGAUAUAGUUCUAAAUGAUAUGGAUGUUGAUGAAGCUUUGGAGGAUGCAGUAAUAUCAUAUGUUAACAUGGACGCCAGAGAAAAUGGUGCAUUAUCACGUCGUCCUCAAGUUGGUGUUCAUGUUGAUGAGAAUAUUCUUGCAUCUGGUCGUAGUAUAUACACAUUUCGUGCUCAAGGUGCUUUUUACCAUAACAUAGGAGGUUUCUAUCCAAAUGAGGGUGUCAGGCCGCGUUUCUUACAACUAUACGUCUACGACACCGAUAAUGAGCUACAUAAUAGAAUGCAGGAAAAUCCACAGCUACACCAAAAUGUAGUUCACAAAUUACAGAAAAUGCUCCAUCAGUUUAAUCCUUUUGUAAUUAGGUUCAAGCAACUUUCAAUACUUCCAAAUAUCAGUGAAUGUAGCCUCAUACUUAAGGAGCGUCCAAGUAAUCACCAUCAAUAUAAUCUUCCAACUGCUGAACAAGUUGCGACAAUUAUUGUUGGAUGUGAUGCAGAUUCUAUGGAUUAUGGAAGGGAUAUUAAUGUCAUUCGUUGUGAUGGAAAUCUCAAGAAAGUUCAAGAGACAAAGGGAUAUUAUGAUCCUUUGCAAUACCCUGUAUUAUUUCCAUUUAGGAAGCAUGACAAUUAUGUCAAAAUUGAAUCAGGGAGAUUAAGGUGGAUUAAAGAGCACCAAAGUGAUAUACGUUCUGAAUUGUACCAAGGUUUACAUGAUGCUUUGCAUGUUGGUGAAACUAAUGCAGAGAACAUUGGAAAAAGAACAAUAUUGCCAUCAUCAUUUAUUGGCGGUCGUCGAGACAUGACACAAUGUUAUGAAGAUGGCAUGGCUAUUGUUCUUAAUGGCGGUAAACCAGAUAUUUUUCUAACAAUGACAUGCAAUCCUUCUUGGAGUGAGAUAACAUCAAAACUUUUGCCUUUUCAAACACCACAAGAUCGUCCAGAUUUACUAACAAGAAUAUUUCGUUCGAAAUUUGAGAAAUUGAAGGAUGAUGUUAUUAAUAAAGGAGUCUUGGAAAGUAACGAUAAGUUGCGUGACCCAAAAGAUUAUGAUAGUAUGGUAAAAGCAAAAAUACCUAAAUUAGAAUGUGAACCGCAGUUGCAUGAAGCUGUUGUAAGACAUAUGAUCCACAGACCUUGCGGCAUAAUCAACCGAAAGUCUCCAUGUAUGAAAGACGGACAUUGUAAAAAAAGGUAUCCCAAACAAUUCUUGGAUGAAACACAUCAAGGCACUGACUCAUAUCCCGAGUAUAGGAGAAGGUUUGAUGAGUCUGUAUCGUUAGGUAAAGAUAGGUCUGUCGAUAAUAGAUGGGUGUACAAGGGCCCUGAUCGUGUGGCUAUGGAGGUUCAUAAAGGAUCAUACAUGGAUGAAGUUCAGCAAUAUGUUGAUGCAAGAUGGAUUUGUGCUCCCGAGGCAUUAUGGAAAAUAUUUCGAUUCACUCUUUACCGAUUAUAUCCUUCGGUUGAAAGAUUGCAGAUCCACUUGCCGAACCGCCAUCAAGUGUGCUUUUAUGAUCAUCAGCAAAUUGUAGAUGUGUUAAAUAAUGAACGCAACUCCAAAACAAUGCUCACACAAUUCUUUGCAUUGAAUCUACGAGAUCCACAAGCAAGAAAGUAUCUGUAUAGAGAGAUUCCAGAGCAUUAUUGUUGGAACAAGCAGGAUAUGGAAUGGCAUCGUAGGCGAUCAACAAGAAAAGUUAUCGGGAGAAUCUAUACGGUAUCACCUUCAGAGGGAGAUAAGUUUUAUUUGCGACUGUUGUUAUCGCAUGUCACAGGUCAAACCAGUUGGGAAUAUCUUCUUACAAAUAAUGGCAUGACUUUCAGUACAUUCAAAAAAUCAGCCGAGGAUAGGGGAUUUCUAGAGACUGAUCAUAGUAUUCGUGAUUGUUUGGUUGAGGCUACGAGUCUCCUAAUGCCAUAUGUUUUACGAAGGUUAUUCGUGACGAUUUUAAUAUUUUGUGAACCUACUGAUGUUAGAGGCCUUUGGAAUGAGUUUUUUACACAUAUGGUAGAGGAUUAA